CUGAGCUUCACUGUUCCUCAAGACGAACGAGCCCAGGACCCAUUAGAGAGAUACAAAGGAUGCCCUGUCUUCAAAUGGGGACCUAGCGGCUCGUUGGUGAGCACUUUCCCCAAGCAAGCUCCUUUCUAUGCUGCUGGUCAUGCCAUCCCUACUAUCAAGUGUACACCUGGCCACAUUACCAUCCAUGAUACCAAGUUGACUUACCCUCUGAGCGAGCGUGAUGCCAAAUUCCCUGGACCUUUGAACAAGGGCAAAUCCAAGAAGAAAGAGGCCCUCACGUGGAUCACCGGCAAGAUUGAGGAUCUUGAAAAGGCCAACGAAGAUUCUCUUCAUGACUUCAGCUUGCCUGUUCAAACGAAGAAGCGCAUCGAGGAGAAGGUUGUGCUCUGGAAAAUGGUCAAGCUUCUGCUCGAAAAUGACAACAAGAUUGAAGGCAAUGCAUCUGCGGAGGAUGCUGCUCGUAAAAUUUUGUUGCCAAAUUUCACUCAGACAGAAGAUCCAGCUGAGGAUGUUGCAGACGGCAAAUCAUCAGGACUUUCUACCGAGCCUGUCAAUGCGAAUGCUUUGGCGCAAAUUCGCAAGCAUCUGCUUGCAGGCGCUCGUGAGAAGGCUGUAUGGUAUGCGGCCGAGCAAAAGCUGUGGUCUCACGCUUUGCUGAUCGCGUCGGUGGCCGGUCCUGAAAUUUGGAAGCAGGUCGUUCAAGAAUAUGUCCGCUCUCAAGUCAAGGAUGCAGGAGAAAACUCUGAAUCACUCGCAGCAUUGUACGAAGUCUUUGCUGGAAACUGGGAAGAGAGCAUUGAUGAGCUUGUUCCACCUUCUGCUCGUGCUGGCUUCCAGAUGAUUAGCAAAGCAGGGCCCAGUGCGAAGAAUCCUCUCGAUGGUCUCGACCAGUGGCGCGAAACAUUGUGUCUUAUCAUCAGCAAUAGAAGCAACAACGAUAUCCAGGCCAUCUCAGCGCUGGGUAAACUUCUUUCCAGCUAUGGCCGUAUGGAGGCAGCUCACACUUGCCACCUCUUCGCUAAGGCGGCAGCUCAUCUUGGCGGCGCUGACGACGAGAAGUCCGACUUUGUACUGCUCGGAGCGGACCACAAGAACCAGACUCAUGAACUUUCUGACCUGGAUGCGAUUCUUCUUACCGAGGUCUAUGAGCUUUGCGUGUCUCUCGCCCCUACUCCUGGAACAUCACCUACUCUCCACCAUUUGCAGGCGUUCAAAUACCAGCAUGCUCAGAUACUCACAGAGCAUGGCCUACGUAGCGAAGCACUGGCAUACUGUGAUGCGAUUAUGGCCUCCUUCAAGGCAUCUACGCGCCUUUCGCCAUAUUAUCACCCUGCACUAUUGAGCAGUGUAGAUGAUUUGCAUAGAUGCCUGUCGCAAGCACCUCAGGCUAGCGCGUCUGGAGGCUGGAUUCCGAAGCCAUCUAUGGACAAGGUCUCUGGUAGCAUGUGGAAGCGCUUCAACACUUUCGUUGCUGGUGAUGACGACGAAUCGAAGUCGAAUGAUCCAAGUGGUAGUGAAGGUACUUCCGCAGGACCAUUUGGCGGCAUUACUGGCGAGACACCAACAGUCAGUCGAAAUCCUUCAACCACCGAU